AUGCUUCGUUUGACAACGUUUUACAUUCUACUGGUGGCAACUUUGGCACAAAAUGGCUACGAGUACAACAAGCCUGGCCAGCCUUUUAAUCAAGGAACUCCAUCAAGCCGUCCAAGUUACCCAUCUGGACCAUCUGGAGGUGGAUACACAACUUCUUCAGCUUAUACAACUCCGCAAGGCGUAGAUUACCAAAAUGGAGGAUCGGGAUCGACACCGAGUUAUCCGUCUGGACCCUCAAAAUAUCCAUCAGGUGGUGGUAAUCAGAACUACCCGGGAACUAAUCAGCAGUCUCAAACAGGGUAUCCUGGGUCCCGACCGUCUUUCCCAAACCAAGGAACCAGCGGUCCUAGUUCCGGUUAUCCUGGCCAAUCAGCAACUAACUACCCUGGACAAACUGGACAAGCCGGACACCCCGGUAUUUCAAGUAGCAGGCCUGGUGGUCCUGGCACUCCAGGUUUCGGCACACCUGCACUUGGCUCUGGCUCGCCCGGUUUUGGACCCAGCUUACCUGGUUUUGCUCCUGGCACCCCCGGGUUUGGUCCUGGCAGCCCCGGUUUCGGUGCCGAUGAUACAGGAGCUUACGAAGGCGGUGAUUAUUCGGCUAUACCCGGUGAACCGGACAAGGACUACCCAAUCCUCUCUAUCAUUCCGGAAACAUCAUUCAGUUGUAAUGCACAACGGUAUCCAGGAUAUUACGCUGAUGUUGAAACACGUUGUCAGGUCUUUCAUGUUUGCGCUAACAAUAUUACUUAUGAUUUCCUGUGUCCCAAUGGAACAAUCUUCUCUCAGGAGGUAUUCGUAUGCGUCUGGUGGAAUCAGUUCGACUGCAACUCUGCACCCAGUUUCUACGAACUGAAUGCCAAUCUCUAUGAUUACUCUAUAACAGGAUCAUCUGGCUUGACUGACUUCUCACAGCAGCAAGGUCCAUCUUACACCGGCAGCAAUGGCCCAUCAAAUUAUCCCACUGGUACGCCCUCAGGUUUCCCAGGACCUCAUAGACCAGGCUAUCCAGGAGUCAUAGGGGCGCAGGGAUCAUCACCUUCCUAUCCAAAUAACAAUGGCCCACAAAGCCCAUCAACUGGUUAUCCAGGAGGGCUAAGGCCUCAAGGCCCAUCUGGUCCACAAGGCCCCUCAUCUACCUAUCCCGGUCAACAAGGUCCAUCAUCUAGCUACCCCGGUCAACAAGGCCCUUCAUCUCCCUAUCCCGGCCAACAAGGUCCCUCAACUACCUACCCUGGCCAACAAGGUCCGUCAUAUCCUUAUCCAGGUCAACAAGGAGCAACGCCCUCAUACCCUGGAAGUGCCGGAUAUCCUGGUUCUCAAAGUCAAACAAGCUCGCAAAGGCCGAAUUAUCCCGGAUCACAAGGUGCAUCAAAUUACCCUGGAUCUCAACCCGGAGGCAGUCAAGGCUACCCGUCUGGCAGACCUAAUGGACCCAGUUUUCCAACUGGUGGCAAUGAAGGAAGACCUCAAGGUCAUCAAGGUGACAGAUAUCCAUCGCAAAAGCCUAACAGAGAAUACCUACCGCCUAGAAAAUAA